UGGAUCGACAUUCUAUUUAUUGAAUUCAUUCUUACUGAUUAACUUUUAUACUGUAUGUAGGAUGUUGUUAACAUCAAAGGUCAGAUUUUGGCUCGUCAAAAAGGCUGUCGUGUCAUAUUCAGCCUAAUAAACGGUGGCUCAGUGAGUAAGAUUGACUCGCUUACCUGGAGGUCCAGUGUUGGAUCCCUUUUUGACUGAGAAAGUUCACUGGGAAUUCUCGAUGUGGUUCCCUCUAGUUAUUGGUCUGGCAAGGGACAAUGUAUGUAGUCAAUUGGAUGGGAUAAAAAACCUGAGGUCCCUUGUUCACACUGGGGUGUGCAUAAAAGAACCCUUGGCAGUUAUAAGAGGCUUUAGUGCUUUUCAGGCGAAUUUUCCCUCACGGCAUUGUAUGCCCCAUUCAUUAGCCCAGUCAGAGUAGGACGUUAAACCCCAUUUUAUUUUAUUUCAGCCUGAUAAUUCUCUCUACGCCCUUCACCUCACCUCAUGAUAUUGAGAAAAUUUGAUGAUUGCAUCCAAUGAUUUAGCUGUGGCCGACUCCAACCAAUUAUUAAUGCAGUUGUAUGUUUAUUGCUGAUUGACAUUGACAGUAUAUUCUGAAAUGAUUAUUUUUAUCACUUUAGACAUUUGAUUAAAACUACAAAUAAAGAUAGGGAUAUGAAAGUUCUUGAACUUAGUGCCUCUAACCAUGCCCACCAACUUCAGAGGUCAGAGUUAUUCAAAGAUUAAAAAGGACUGUUUGAGUAAAGGUGCUUUAUUUGAAGAUCCAGAAUUUCCAGCUAAUAAUAAAUCACUGUUCAACUCCAAGAUUGACAAAGAUAUAGAGUGGAAACGCCCAAAGGAAUUAUGUAAAGUACCUAAGUUGGUUGUAGAAGGUGUUAGUUGUGAUGAUUUAAAUCAAGGGGAAAUUGGUAAUACCUGGUUUGUUACAGCAUGUUCUAGUCUAGCUAGAGAACCGAAAUUAUGGCAAAAGGUGGUCACCAACCAUAAAGAACAAGAAUGGGAUGACAAGAACCAGUAUGCUGGUAUAUUUAGGUUCAUGUUUUGGAGAUUUGGAGAUUGGUUGGAAGUUGUUAUAGACGACAGAUUGCCAACAAAAGACGGAAAACUAGUGUUCUGCCAUUCAAAAUCGCGUAAUGAAUUUUGGAGCGCUCUGCUUGAAAAGGCUUAUGCAAAAAUGUACGGAGAUUAUGAAUCCUUAGAAUGCGGAACUGUAGCUGACUCGUUAGUAGAUUUUACCAGUGGCGUAUCGGAGAAAUUAGAAACAGCUAAAUUACGACAAAAUGCAGAUCCAGAUAGCUAUUCAGCUUUAUUUACCAAGUUAUCAGAAGCCCAGGAAAACAGAGCUUUAAUAUCAUGUAGUAUUGUGUGUGCUACACCAGAAGUAGGCUCAUACACAGAACAAGGUUUAGUAUUAGGACAUGGUUAUAAUGUUACAGAUGUUAGAUAUGUUGAAGUUAGUCGUAGUUUACAAGGUACCAUUGGUACAAGUGAACUAUAUUUAAUUCGUCUCUUUAAUCCCUGGGGUUCUAGAGAAUGGAAUGGUCCUUGGUCUGACGAUUCUGAAGAAUGGAAACGGGUUAAUCAGAUGCAAUGGGAGAAAAUGGGAGUUAAAUUUGAACAUGAGGGAGAAUUUUGGAUGUCGUUUGAAGAUUUUAUUCAACAUUUUACCUAUGUCGAUAUCUGUCAUUUCGUCAACACAUCAUUUUUCUCUAUCAAGAAAACCUGGUCAGAAUCUAUCAUGCAUUCAGAAUGGAAUCAUAAUGGUAGAAAUGGCGGUGGGGUAGUCAAUUCUCAAUCGUUUCUCAGUAACCCUCAGUUUUUAUUUGAUAUCAACUCUAUCAAUGAUAAGAUAAUGGUAUCAUUAGAACAACAUGAUAUAGAUGCUGGAAGACAAACGUUUGGUCAGAAUAUAAAUACUAUUGGUUUUCAUAUAAUGAAGGUUGAAGAAAACCGAAAAUUCCGAGUACAUAUACAUGGCGAGCUCAUGUUUACUUCAGAUUAUUGCAAAACUCGUAGUGUAUUUGGAACGACAUCGUUACACCGAGGUCGAUAUAUAGUUGUACCGACAACUUUUGAACAAGGUCCUGUAGGAAAAUUUAUGUUACGACUUUAUACUGGCAGUUCUUCUGGAGGAAGUGUGAUAUCUCCAGUGAAAGAAUUAACGAAGGAAGCGCCAGCUAGUAGUUGUCCGUGUAUCAAGGGUUAUUCUAUGGUAUCAACUAUAACUGUUUUAUCAGCUGAAGGUCUGUCUUUACCCGAAACAGCUAAAGCGUCUCAAACUCUUGAUCCCCUGAUGAUUAUAAAGUGUGAAGGUGAGAGUGUUAAAACAAAUUAUAUGGCUAAUAAGGUAUCACCGAGUUGGAAUAUAAAGGCUACGUUUUACAGAAAGAAACCAGAAUUACCCAUAAUAGUAGAAAUAAACAACCAUAAUAUACUAGUAAAUGAUUUCUUGGCUGAAGCACGUGUAGAAGAUCAUGGAGGUGAGAACGGUAAAGAGGUAACGUGCAAACUUUAUGGUAGAAAGAAAGAGGUGGACACAGUGAAGCCCGGAACAGUAACUGUGUUUAUUAGAUCGAGUUUUGAUUUGACUUAUCUUUAAAUAUAUACUGAUAUUACAAUUACUAACACCAACAGGGUCCUAACAACAGCAUAUCAUCCGUACCCAACUGAAUGUAGAUUGUGUUGUUAAAAUACAUUCAAAUGGCGAGAAAUUAAAACUAUUUCUCCUGUAAAACAAUUUAAACUACGAGAAUUAGCAAGACAUUUCACUGCAGCAUUAAAGUGUCUUGAAAGAAUCGACUAUACUGUUAUAGUCGACCAUAGCCAUUUUGAUGAAUACAUUAAGAUAGCAAAACAAAACAAAUCUUAAAUUCAGUAUCUAAUUAACCAAUAUCAUUAUACUUAUGAUACCUUCAUGUACAUAUAUUUUAUAUAAGAUUUCAAAUUGCGGUUUCAAUAUACCAAUAUUAAAAAAGGUUUCAAUUUUCGGUGGUAUCCUAAAUGAUCUAUUUUUGAAAAUGGGCAAUGCAUUUACAUCAUGAAUCUAUGUUUUAUAACUUACUUGUGGUUUCUCUUUUUUCGAAUGUUUCGUGUAGAAAUCUAUUUUUAUACGCCCACAUUGAAAUGUGGUCGUAUAUUAUCGUCGCCCCCGUCCGUCCGUCUGUCCGGCGUCCACUAGAGGCUAAAAUUAAUAUCCGAUUGACUUUAAAUUUAUCCGAGUGUUUAAGGUCAUGGGACGAAGAAGCCUAUUGAUUUUCAGCGAUUUCCGAUAAUUACUGCCAGAGUUAUGGCCUUGAUCUUGUGGACGCUCUAAUUAAUAUCCGAUUGACUUUAAAUUUAUACACAUUGUUUAAGGUCAUGAGACGAAGAAUCCUAUUGACUUUCAGCGAUUUCCGAUAAUUACUGUCAGAGUUAUGGCCCUUGAUCACUUUGAAAAAUCUUGUGGAUGCUCUAGAGGCUAAAGUUAAUAUUGGAUUGACUUUAAACUUAUACACAGUGUUUAAGGUCAUGAGACGCAGAAUCCUAUUGAUUUUCAGUGAUUUCGGAUAAUUACUGCCAGAGUUAUGGCCCUGUGGACGCUCUAGAGGCUAAAGUUAAUAUCCGAUUGACUUUAAAUUUAUACGCAGUGUUUGAGGUCAUGAGACGAAGAAUCCUGUUGAUUUUCAACGAUUCCCGAUAAUUACUGACAACGUUAUUGCCCUUGAUCACUUUGAAAAAUCUCGUGACGAACAAAAAUAUAUUGAUUUUCAAUUAAUUUUGAUAACUUGAAUAAAUCCAUGAUAUUAAAUGUUUCGUAUACUAAACGUUAGCAUGGGGCAGAACUUUAUAAAAACCAAACAAAUUCUAAUGAUUUUCUGAUAAUUACUUGAUGAGUUGUUACUCUUAAUCAGAUUUUAGUGUAUUAUAAAUGUUUCAUUACCGAAAAAAAGUAAAAAUAUGCGACAACUUUUGUUGAUUGCCCGGACGAUUUAGCUGCUGUGGGCGUAUGUUUCGUUUCCUGGCAACCUAACUUAUACGAAUGUUGUUAUUGUUAUUUAUUACUUAAGCUAACUGUGAUAAUAAGAUCUAUAUGUAAAUAUUGUAAGUACAUCAUAUGUUUAUAGAAUUUAAUACAAAAUAAGAGUUGAACUAUUCCGUCCUUUUAAACUGAAUAUAUCUUUGUUACGUCCAGUAUAUAGAAUCUCGAUGUUAAGUUGCUUUUUUAUUUUUUUUACUACUUUUUUGUUAAAAAAUCAUUAAUUUUAAGCUUUAAAAAUUUAAUGCAAAAUAAGAAUUGAACUAUUCCGUCCUUGUUAUCGAUGUCAUUUUGCCCUUUUCUAUAUUCUUAUUAGUUUUGUAUAUAACAAAUAUAAUUUCAAACUUUAAAAAUAGAUUCCGUAAGAUGAUGAUGUGCAAUUAAUUAUUUGUGAUAUCCGUGGAAUUGUAGCCAUAAUAUAUACACCAUUAUUAUAUUUUCAAUGAUACUAAGUUUCCACCAUCGUUUGGUUAGUACCGUACACGAACAAUAUAUUAUUGUAUAAAAUUGUAUGGUAUUGUAUAUUGCUGUAUAAAUAUAAUUUCACUGUGAUAGACGAACACAUAUUAGUGUUGAAGUGCUCACCAAUGAAAUAAAUCUUUAAAUCUGAA